AUGUCCCUCGGUCGCGCCGCGCGCGCCGCCACCGGCACCGCCGUGGCCAUCACCGCCACCGCGCUCGCCGUCAGAGGUUUUGCCCUUUCGAGCGACGACGAGCUUCCGAGAGACCCCUGGAGCGAGCAAGGUAGGCCUUUGCCCACGCGCGCAGAGACGAUCGCGUCGUUAAAGCGCGCGCGAACGACGCCCCACGACGUGCUGAUCAUCGGUGGUGGUGCGACGGGCUCGGGGUGCGCUCUGGACGCGGCAACGCGGGGGUUGAGCGUGGUGCUCGUCGAGGGCGAGGAUUUCGGCGCCGGUACGAGCGGACGGAGCACAAAGCUCGUGCACGGCGGCGUGCGGUAUCUCGAGAAGGCAGUGUUUCAGCUCGAUCCCGGGCAGUUAAAGUUAGUUUUUGAGGCGCUGCAGGAGCGGCGGCGGCUGCUGGCGAAUGCGCCGCACCUGACGCGGGCGCUGCCGAUCGCGACGCCGUGCUACGAGUGGUGGGAGGUGCCGUAUUACUGGGCGGGGAUGAAGGCGUACGAUCUCGUCGCUGGAUCGCAAGGGCUCACGAUGUCGAGCUACGCGAGGGCUUCCACGGUGAGUCGGAUGUUUCCGCAGUUGGCGGAGACGCGGUUGGACAUCGGACGUCGAUCGAUGAAGGGGGCAAUCGUGUACUAUGACGGACAGUUUGACGACGCGAGAAUGAAUGUCGCCUUGGCCUGCACGGCGGCGCACGCGGGCGCCGCCGUGGUGAAUCACACCAAAGUGAUCAAGUUUUAUAAGGAUGGCGAUAAAAUUGUGGGUGUGCGCGCGCGCGAUAUGUUAACCGGGAGCGAGUACGAUGUGUACGCCAAGGUUGUCAUCAACGCGAGCGGACCCUUCACAGACGAGAUCAGAAAAUUGUCCGAUAACGAGGCUCAGAAGAUCAUGACGCCCGCUGCCGGGACUCACUUGACGCUUCCGGCGUACUAUUGUCCGAGUGAUUUGGGUAUGAUCAUUCCCAAGACGAAGGAUGGUCGAGUCGUUUUUGUCCUCCCUUGGCUCGGCGCGUGCGUCGCGGGUACAACAGACACGUUGUCCGAGGUUACGAUGACGCCAUCGGCGACAAAGGACGAAAUCGAUUUCAUUUUAGAAUCGAUCGCACCGUUUCUCAAGGUUGAAGCGAGACGUGCGGAUAUCCUGAGUGCGUGGAGUGGGAUUCGCCCUCUUGCAGCGGAUCCAGGAGCAAAGAACACCGAAAACAUGUCUAGAGAUCACGUGAUUGCGGUCGAAAAGGACGGAAUGGUCACCGUUACAGGUGGUAAGUGGACAACUUAUAGACGAAUGGCCGAAGAAGCGGUCGAUAAGGCCGUUGAAAUCGCUGGUCUGGCGGGAGAAGCCGGAAAGUGUCGCACGUUGUCCAUGGGUGUUGUCGGAGCACAUGGAUACACGAAUGAUCUAUUCGUUCGCGUUGCCCAACGAGGCGGGAGUGGCUUCGGUGGUCCCCCCGAUGAAGCGGUUGCAAAGCAUCUCGCGACGUCAUACGGCGAUAGAGCGCUUGUCGUGGCGGACCUGGCGGCUUACUCUCAUCUGUCAAAACGUCUCGUACCAAACCAUCCCAUUAUUGAAGCGGAAGUCGUGUAUGCCGCUCGAGCUGAGUACUGUCAAACUGCUGUUGACUUCCUCUCUCGACGUACGCGUCUCGCAUUUUUAGACGUUGAAGCGGCUGAGAAGUCUUUACCUCGCGUGGUUUCUCUUCUAGGCACUGAGCUCAACUGGUCGUACAUGAGGCGUCGUCGGGAACUCGCAAACGCAAAGGCUUUCCUGUCGACCUUCAGGGCGGCAACCUAG